AUGGAUCCCAACAGAUCCCUUUCCUUGAGAAUACUUCUGUUUCUCUCCCUGGCUUUUGAGUUGAGCUACGGAACAGGUGGAGGUGUGAUGGAUUGCCCACUGAUUAUCCAGAAGCUGGGAAGUGACACAUGGCUGCCCCUGAUAAAUGAACAUCAGAUAAAUGAGCUUGUGAACAAAAGCAUCCGCAUCCUUGUCACGAUGGCAACAUCUCCAGGAAGCACAACCAACAAGAAAAUAGUGUCUUUUGAUCUCUCUAAAGGGGGCUACCCAGACCACCUGGAGGAUGGCUACCAGUUUCAAUCAAAAAACCUGAGCUUGGGGAUCCUGGGGACCAGGCGGGAGAGUGAAGGAUUGUACUUUGUGAACGUGGAGGAGAACGUGUCAGUUCAGCAAUUCUGCAUGCAGCUGAAGCUUUAUGAGCAGGUCUCCACUCCAGAGAUUAAAGUGCUAAACAAAACCCAGGAGAAUGAGAAUGGGACUUGCAGCUUGCUGUUAGCCUGCACGGUGAAGGAAGGGGAUCAUGUGGCUUACAGCUGGAGUGAUGAGGCUGGCACCCGCCUGCUGAGCCAAGCCAACUCCUCCCACCUCCUGCACAUCAGGCUUAGCAACCAGCAUCAAGACAGCAUCUACAGCUGCACUGUAAGCAAUCCUGUCAGCAGUCGCUCUAAGAUCGUCAACCUAUGGCAAGAAGAAUGCAGGCCAGAAGUCUCAGAAUCGAGUUCAUGGAUACCAUAUACUGUUGCCCCAUGUGUGGUCAUUAUAAUCAUCAUCCUGGUUUCCACGGCAAUAAUAGUGGUGAAAAGACAAGGUAAACCAAAUCACUGCCAGCCACCAGUAGAAGAAAAAAGCCUUACCAUUUAUGCGCAAGUACAGAAAUCAGGACCUCAAGAGAAGAAACUUCAUGAUGCCCUGACAGAUCAGGACCCCUGCACGACCAUUUACGUGGCUGCCACAGAGCCUGCCCCAGAGUCUGUCCAGGAAUUUAACCCCACCACAGUUUAUGCCAGUGUGACACUGCCAGAGAGCUGA